AUGACAACGCGCGCGCUCUUCCGGUCUGCGUGUUCCGCCUUUGGCCUGCGGGGGGCGCCGGUGGGUCCCGUCUGCGCCUGCGCCGCUCCUCUGGGCCGUAGAAGCAGCGGCUCCGGGGCGAGAGACGAAAAAACGCGAAGCCCGAGACGAGACGCACUCCUGUUUCCCCCCCGACACGAUGGCCCUCCGACGGACCCGAGCCCCGCACCGAACCCCGCACCGACCCCGCACCGGACCCCGCACCGAACCCCGCGCCAGACCCUGCUCCUCGCGGCCCUCGCCCUCUGCGCGCUCUCCGCGGCGCGUCCGUCGUUGGCGAUCGACAUCCGCGCCGACGCCGAGGUGGUGGUGGAGAACGGGACCACGGCCGUCCUGCGCUGCUCCUUCAAGUCCAAGCAGGUGGUGAGCAGCGCCACCUCCGUCACCUGGAACUUCCAGUCCAGCCAACCUGACACGCAGUUCUCCAAGGUCGACUACACGAUCUUGUACUUCGUGGGGGGCAGGUCUUUCCCGGGUCCGGUCGAGUUUAAAGAUCGAGUUCUUUUCAUCGGCGACAUCAACAAACGUGACGUGUCCAUCCAGCUCGGCCCCGCCCACUUCAGCGACAACGGCACCUACUUCUGCGACGUCAAGAACCCGCCCGACGUGGAGGGCACCCGGGCGCGCACCGAGCUGCGGGUCGUCCACCGAGAGUCGUUCCCUCAGAAGAACACGGCGGCGAUCGUGGGCGGGGUGAUCGGCGCUCUGGUUCUGAUCGCGCUCAUCGCCGUGGUGGCCUGCGUGGUGGCGAAGAUGGUCCGCAACCGGCACAACUACGAAGGCUGUACGACUCUGGACAGUUCGAGUUCGUCGCACGCCCCCCCGCCGCCGCGGAAGAAGUUGGCGUCGUCGUCGUCGGUGGAGGCGGAGGGGUCCCUGGGGGGGAGCCCGACGGGCGGGGGCCCGGCGGGGGGCGGCCCCUCGGGGCCCUUACAGGUAGAAGAUGGGUGUGUGCAGGUGAAGCAGGGCCCGGUGAUAUACGCCCAGCUGGACCACUCCGGCAGUAAAAACUCCUUCCACAAGAUGGAGCCAGUGGUUUACGCCGACAUCCGGAAAAACUGAAGUCUCCCAGGACCAAAAAACAGUCAAAAGAAAAGUUGGUGUCGCGGCGGCGCUCCAGGAGGGGGCGCUCCGGGAACGCCGGCCUGUCCUCGUGUCGUCUGUGUCCGCAGGAAGCAUGAAACCAACCAACAAACGCUCGUAUCCCCGUGUCUUUUACGUGUUAGAAAAUCUCCAGAGACUCUGAGGCGCUCUGUCCGUUUAAAGAGCCGCUAGCCUGCUGCACUGCACCGUCUAGAACAAACCGACCGAGCACAAACGCGGCGCCACCCUCCAAACCUCCAACGCUCCAAACCUCCAACGCUC